GCGGCCCCGUUGCCAUGGCGACGCGGCGGGCGCCAUGGCGGGCCUAGGCCUAGGCCCGGGAGCGGCGGGCGAUGGCGGCCUGCGGGCCCUGUACGGCUGGCUGGACACCCUGCCCCUCUCCCGGCCCCGCAGAAACGUCGCCCGCGACUUCAGCGACGGCGUGCUGGCAGCCGAGGUGGUGAAGUUUUUCUUCCCCGCCAUGGUGCAGCUGCACAGCUUCGUGCCCGCCAGCUCCACGCCGCAGAAGCUGGCCAACUGGGGACACCUCAACAGGAAGGUUUUGAGGAAGCUGAACUUGUCCCUCCCGGACGAGGUGAUCCGUCAGGUGGCGCAGUGCCGGCCGGGCAUGGCGGAGCAGGUGCUGCUCGUGCUGCGACAGAAAAUCGAGGAAAAACAGAAAAAGAGCAAGGCGCUGCCCGGCCCCCACCAGGAGCUGGGCGUGAGGACAGCACAGGAGGAGAUCGGCUACCUGGAGACGGGGGGGGGCAAGGUGAAGAGCACGGGACGGGGCUGUGCCCAGGAGCCCCCCGGGGCUGUGGGGAGCCCGGCCCCCCCGGGGGACGCCGCUGCCGCCCGCCUGCAGCUGGCAGAGAAGGAGCAGGCGCUGCUGCUGGCCCAGGAAACCGUGCAGCUCCGGCGGCGCCCCUCAGAGCAUGGCCUCGCUCCCCCUCCUCUGAAGCUCGGCACGAGGACACCGGACGGCGGCGGGGACCCAUGGCUGCGGCCAGCAAGGGCGGCAAGGCCAAGGCGGGGGGCGUGCGCUUCGCCCCCAGCCAGCCCGCGGAGGGGGCCCCCGGCCACGUCCACUUCCAGGAGCAGCUGCGGGACUCGGCGGUGAUGGUGACGCAGGAGAAGGACGGGCACUUCCUCGUCAAGGUGGGCUUCCUGAAGAUCCUGCACAAGUACGAGAUCGCCUUCCUCCUGCCCCCCUCGCAGCGGCUGGGGAAGGACGUCUGCGCCCUGCCCCUCCCCAACCCCAACCUCAGGGUCCUCAGCGUCACCUCGGGGCCUGAAGGUUACAGCAUCAAGUGCGAGUACACGGCGCACAAGGAGGGGGUCCUGAAGGAGGAGAUGCUCCUCGCCAGCGAGACCGGGGACGGCGCCGGCCUCAAGGUGGUGGUGCAGGCUCGCGUGAUGGACCGGCACCACGGCACCCCCAUGCUCCUGGAGGGGGUGCGCUGCGUGGGAGCGGAGCUGGAGUACGACUCGGAGCAGAGCGACUGGCACGGCUUCGACUAGCCCCCGGCCCCCUCCCCGGGGGGGGCACAGCUCCCUCUUUAAAGCAGGCAAGAUGCCCCCCCAGGCCCCCCAGCGCUGGUGCCACCGAGCUGGGGGCUGCCACUGCUGCUGCUCCCCCCCUGCCCGCUGAGCCAGGGCUGCUGCAGCGCCCCCCACCCUGUACCUCUGCUCCCCCCCCGGGGUGGGGGCGUCCCCAAAAAACCCCCCAAAACCCCCCUGAGGCUCCUGAAGUGCCCCGGCAGCUCCUGCCUUGGAUGGGGCUGGGGGAAAGGCCCCCCCCCUAUGCUGCCCCCCUGCUGCUGCUUCCCCCUCGCUUUUCUCCCACCCCACCCUCCCCAGGAGGGGGCAUUUGGGGGCGUGGGGGGGGGGGCACACCCCAAGCUGGGCCCCCCCGGGUUAAAUUUUGCCUCCUGGGGGCUGGCUCCCCUUGCCUGUCCAUGUCCAUGUCCACGUUGAGCACCGCCUUGCUCCCCCCUCGUGUUUUUCCCCCCUUUUUUGCUUUUUUUUUUCCCUGUCCCCCCCCCCCCCCCCCGGCCGCAGCAGCAGGAGGCUCGGUGUGCCUAUACAGAUAUAAAUAUAUAGAUAUAUACAUACAUGGCCGCGUGCGGGCGGGUUUUUAAGUACAAAAAAAGAAAAAAUAGUAUCUAUAGAGGUAACUAAUAAAUGUCAGUUUAACCGUG